CAGCACACCAGUGAACCCACAGAGACACGUUAUUCCGUUCAUUUAAAUGACAACCUGAAAAAAAAACAAAAAACGUUUUAUUUUGUAGAGGAACAAGUCGCGCAUGCGCAGUGAUCCUAUGUGUUUCUCUCUCAGGCCAGCUUGAGGUAUGUCGCUUUGCUUGAAAAUCAGCAGCUGCUGCAAAGAGCAGAGGCAAAGAGCAAUAAUAUCAGAGACAGGACACACCGACAGCUCCAGGGAUCCUCCGCUGGGUCAGAUCUGAUGAGAUAUGCUGUCAUCAUUUCCUGUUCUGUGAACCAGACCUGUGGUUUCGUUGUGGAAGAAGAAGACAGGCUCUCUCUCUGGCUCUCUGGAUCUCUGUCGUGUAUUUUUUAUUUGGAUGAUCUCCCACAGCCAGGUCCACGUAUUGAGAUGAUCUAUUUUUGUGAUGGCGAAGGGUCUGUUUCCACGGGCCUGGGUGAAAAAGUCUUUCUACUUCCAGGCUCGGAUCUCCUUUGUGCGGGUGAAGUACCUGUUCCUCACAUGGCUGACGGUGCUGGUGGGGAGCUGGGUGCUGUAUGUGCAGUACUCCGCCUACACAGAGCUGUGCAGAGGACACGAGUGCAAGAACGCCAUCUGUGAUAAAUACAGGAAGGGAAUCAUCGAUGGCUCGGCCUGCAGCAGUCUGUGUGACAAAGAUACGCUCUACAUGAGCAGGUGUCUGUCAACGCUGCCAAAUAACCAGGACCAAGAGAAGUCAGAUGGCGACUGGCGGUACCACGGUCUUGCACUCAGUUUCACAAGCGUGUCGGAGAACUACGGUGGCCUUCAGGUGUACACAGGAAGCUGGGGCGACCACGACGGGAUCAUCCGCUGUAAGUUGGGGGAGGUUGUGCACUACGAGUUGGGCGAAGAGCCGGAGCCACGGAGAGAAGCCCCCGUGUUCGACAAGCCCACCAGAGGCACGUCAGUGGAGAAGUUCAGAGAGAUGGUCCUCAAUCACCUCAAGUCCAAGCUUGGAGAGCAGGCGAACCUCGCCAGCCUCGUCAGCCAGAUCCUCUCUGUCGCCGAUGGCAACAAAGACGGACGGGUGUCGCUGCCAGAAGCCCGCUCUACAUGGGCCCUCCUGCAGAUGGAUGAGGUGCUGCUGGGCCUGCUGCUCCAGGACCGUGGACACACUCCUCGCCUGCUCGGCUACUGUGGGGACCUGUAUAUGACGGAGCGAGUCCCCUACGGGCCCCUGUAUGGUCUGUCUCUACCCUGGCCGCUGGUGUCCUGGGUGCCCAGCGGCGUGCAGCGCACUAUGGACCAGUGGUUCACCCCCUCGUGGCCUCGCAAAGCUAAGAUCUCCAUGGGCCUCCUGGAGCUGGUGGAGGACAUCUUCCACGGCACCUACGGCAGCUUUCUGAUCUGCGACCUCGCCGCGGCGCACUUCGGUUACACCGACCGCCACGAGCUCCGUCUGACUAAUACCCGAGCGGUGGUCCCCGAGGACGAGUUCAAGCGCUCCAUGCGGGCGCUGAAGUGCGAGACGGACGCCGACUGCGUGUACGGGGCAGACUGCCAGACGUCGUGCGACGUGACGGAGAAACGGUGCAGGGAGGAGCCGGUUCAGCCGAACUUGGCGAAGGCGUGCGGUGCACUGAAGGACUACCUCUUGCGCGGGGUGCCGUCGGGGCUGAGAGAGGAGCUGGAGAGGCAGCUGUAUGCCUGCAUGGCUCUCAAGGGUAACGCCGGACAGAUGAACAUGGAGCACUCGCUCAUUCUCAACAACCUGAAAGCUCUGCUGUGGCGACAGAUCUCACACACCAAGGACUCGUGACGAGGAGAGGAAGUCCUUCAGUUCCUCACACGGAGCCGAGUAUUAAAGAUGCUGUGAUUUAGGAAUAGCAAAUUUAAUGAAGUAGUUUUUAUCAACUCUUAACACUUAUGAAGACUGACGGAGACUCUACCUCCUCUAUUCUGGAAAACACAUCCGAGUACUUUGAAGUAUAAAUAAACUGAAUGAUUGCAUGUUACCAUCAGUCACACGUAGAAACUGUUCAUGCAGCCACAUUGUAUUGUAUUGUCACCACAGUGGAAUGUUUCGGGGGCACUGCUGGAAAAAAAACAGACUCGUAAACAGAUGUUACUGUUCGUCUCGAGAGCUGAGAGACCAAAUUGCUGUUUUUGCCUCAAUACCAUGCAGAUAUGUACGAGGCUGACAUGGUUUUAGGAAAACAAGGAUUGGAAAAAUCAGAGAGUGUUGUACAAAACU